AUGGAGAUGGAGGAGCAGCAGGGUGAGGUCAUCACCAUACGCGGGGAUGAAGAGGACUAUUACUCGCAGGAGGGGGACGAGGACGAUGACGCUUGGCAUCGUGCGCGCAGGCGGGGCUCCGACGAUGACGACAGCGGCGGCGACCCCGCGCCCGCCCCGCGUAGUGGCACUAAUCCAAUCAGCACGGAGAGCGAGCACAACCAACAUGCCGACCAAAAGCCAACCGGUGGCCAAGAUUUGAUGAACACCGGGCUGCCGGCCGCAGCAGAGGCUCUGAUGGCGGGUGGACCGCAAGCCAAAGCGAAAAGGGGCAAAAAGAAGGCCAAACGCCGAAUGAAAGGCAAGCAGACCAACGACAACCCCCCCGAACCAAACACCGACUCUCGCUCCAACCCGCUAGCCAUGGCGGAUGCUGGUGACGUAGGGUCGGUAAGCACUUCGACCAUCCCUACCGAACGGCCGCCAAGUGGCCAGAACCAGGGACGUGGAGGCCGAGGGCGCGAGCGAGGUAGACCGGAACGGCGCGGUAUGACGCCGCAAGUGAUCGAGCGCUUCUGCGCGGAGCUGAAGCAGCAGCCGAGCGAGCUGGUUGCGACUAAGCUCGCCGAGAAGCUGUACGAAAGGAAGAAAGACAAGAUCUCAAAAAUUCUGACGGUGCUGGGCCUGGAACGGACGUUGGACCUCUUCUCGGAGACGAUGGCCCGCGAGAGGCAAGGCGGAAUGAUGAUUCCCGCGUCCGGCCGGCCAAGAAGGAGGGAGAACAGCGGAGAAGUGUUCUUGACGCUGCUUAAGGAGCGCGCCACCAAGCCGGAACUAGCGCUCAUCAACGAAGAGGAGACCAAGCUCAAGAGGUCAACGCGCAAACGAAAGCGGGGAACGGGAGGAGGAGCUGCUGCAGCUGCUCCCGACGAGGGCAUCAGUACGUCGCGGAUCAGAGCCGAUGACGACACCAGGCAAGAAGACAACUGCGACGAUGAAGAAGGAGGACGUAGCAAGGUUCGCGAUUUUGAAGUGAUCGAAGCCCAGCCCUCGAGCCAGGUCGAGGCCGAGCUGCCCGAUCGCACCACCCUCGAGAUCACGCGACAGCAGAAGAAAAAUCAUCAGAAAAAGAAGCAUCGUCGCGGCAAGCGACUCAAGCGAACCGACGACAGCCUCGGCGCCAUCGUGGUGCCUCAAGCGGGGGCCGCCGCCGAUGACAACCCCUUCGGCGCCGUGUGGUGA